GAGGCGGCGGGCCCCAUGCCGGCGGCCAACAUGAUGGAGAGCCUGCAGCCGCCCGCCCUGCAGGUGCCCGAGCCGCGGGGCGCGCCCGAGGGCAGCCAGGUCUGGUCCAGCUCGUCGACCCCCACGCUCCGCCGCCGGCGCUUCAAGAUGCGCCGCACCAAGAAUGUGCAGGAGCCGAGCCUGGAGGCCGGGCUGAGCCGGGAACUGCCCGGCGUCUUGGCUCCGGGCAAGGAGUUUCUGCAGCUGCCGUCCAUCGAGAUCACGCCCUCCAGCGACGAAGACACCCCGUGGUCCAACUGCUCCACGCCCAGCGCUUCCCCGCGCCGCAAACGCUUCCUCCUCCGCAAGUGGCUGCGGGUGAGUGAGCGGAAGGAGUGCAGCGAAAGCAGCAGCCAGCAGAGCAGCCAUGACGAUGACUCUAGCAGGUUCCUGAGUCCUCGGGUGCGGGAAGAAAGCACUGCCAGUAACUCCAACCGCAGCACGCCGGCCUGCUCCCCCAUCCUCCGGAAGCGGUCUCGCUCGCCACCCGCUCAGAGCCCGGACGGAGACACCAUGGUGGAGAAGGGCUCAGACCACUCCUCAGACAAGUCGCCGUCCACGCCGGAGCAGGGCGUGCAGCGCAGCUGCUCCUUGCAGUCGGGCCGCAGCGCUGGCAAGAACUCCAAGUCUCACAAGCGCCUCUCAAAAAAAAGCCAGAGUUGGUAUAAUGUGUUAAGCCCCACUUACAAGCAGAGAAAUGAAGACUUCAGAAAGCUCUUUAAGCAACUUCCAGACACGGAGCGCCUCAUCGUUGAUUACUCCUGCGCACUCCAAAGAGACAUUCUUCUUCAGGGCCGACUCUACCUCUCUGAAAACUGGAUCUGCUUCUACAGCAACAUCUUCCGCUGGGAAACUCUGCUGACCGUUCGUUUGAAAGACAUCUGCUCCAUGACUAAAGAAAAAACAGCCCGCCUCAUUCCCAAUGCCAUCCAAGUUUGCACUGACUCGGAAAAGCACUUUUUCACUUCCUUUGGGGCCCGGGAUAGGACGUAUAUGAUGAUGUUCCGCCUCUGGCAGAACGCUCUCCUGGAAAAGCCCCUGUGCCCCAAGGAGCUCUGGCACUUCGUUCACCAGUGCUACGGGAAUGAGUUGGGCCUGACCAGCGAUGACGAGGACUACGUGCCCCCUGAUGACGACUUCAACACGAUGGGCUACUGUGAGGAGAUCCCUGUAGAGGAGAAUGAAGUGAAUGACAGCUCUUCCAAAAGCAGCAUAGAGACCAAGCCAGAUGCCAGUCCACAGCUCCCCAAGAAGUCCAUCACCAACAGCACACUGACGUCCACGGGGAGCAGUGAAGCGCCCGUCUCGUUUGACGGCCUGCCCCUGGAGGAGGAGGUGCUGGAGGGCGACGGGUCCCUGGAGAAGGAGCUCGCCAUCGACAGCGUCAUCGGGGAGAAGAUUGAGAUCAUUGCGCCCGUGAACUCCCCUUCGCUAGACUUCAACGACAACGAGGACAUCCCCACCGAGCUCAGUGACUCUUCCGACACCCACGAUGAAGGGGAGGUCCAGGCCUUCUACGAGGACCUGAGUGGCCGGCAGUACGUGAACGAAGUCUUCAACUUCAGCGUGGACAAGCUGUAUGACCUCCUGUUCACCAACUCGCCCUUCCAGCGGGACUUCAUGGAGCAGCGACGCUUCUCAGAUAUCAUCUUCCACCCGUGGAAGAAGGAAGACAAUGGAAACCAGAGCCGAGUGAUUCUUUACACCAUCACCCUUACCAACCCUCUGGCUCCUAAAACUGCCACUGUCAGGGAGACACAGACCAUGUACAAGGCGAGCCAGGAGAGCGAGUGCUACGUGGUCGACGCCGAGGUCCUCACGCACGACGUGCCGUAUCACGACUACUUCUACACCAUCAACCGCUACACUCUCACCCGCGUGGCCCGGAACAAGAGUCGACUCAGGGUCUCCACAGAGCUGCGCUAUCGAAAACAGCCCUGGGGGCUGGUGAAAACGUUCAUCGAGAAGAACUUCUGGAGUGGGCUGGAGGACUACUUCCGCCACUUGGAGAGCGAGCUGACCAAAACGGAGAGCACCUACCUGGCUGAGCUGCACAGACAGUCGCCCAAGGAGAAGGCCAGUAAGCCCCCGUCGGUGCGGAGGAGGAAGCGUCCCCAUGCCCACCUGCGGGUGCCCCACCUGGAGGAGGCGAUGAGCCCCGUGACCACGCCCACCGAUGAAGAUGUGGGCCACAGGAUCAAGCACGUGGCAGGUUCCACGCAGACACGGCACAUCCCCGAGGACGGCCCCAGUGGUUUCCACCUGCAGAGUGUGUCCAAGCUGCUGCUGGUUAUCAGCUGUGUUCUGGUGCUGCUGGUCAUCCUCAACAUGAUGCUCUUCUACAAGCUCUGGAUGUUGGAAUAUACCACCCAGACCCUCACUGCCUGGCAGGGUCUGCGGCUCCAGGAAAGGUUACCCCAGUCUCAGACAGAGUGGGCCCAGCUCUUAGAGUCCCAGCAAAAGUACCACGAUACCGAGCUCCAAAAAUGGAGGGAGAUCAUCAAAUCCUCGGUGAUGCUUCUUGACCAGAUGAAGGACUCGCUCAUCAAUCUUCAGAACGGCAUCAGGGCCCGUGACUACACGUCAGAAAGUGAAGAGAAGAGGAACCGCUAUCACUGACCAGGCAGGAGCGGGGGCAGCUGCAGGAGGCCUGUGCAAUACGUGUACAUAGACCAUAUAAAUAUAUAUGUAUAAAUAGAGAGAGAAUAUAAAUAUAUAUAUUAUAUACAGAUUUUAAAAAGAGAUAAUGCCUAUGUACCAGGGAGAAGGAGCGGGACCGCCCCCCUGUGCUGGCCGGCGGCGGGGCCGAGGAGGGCAGGGACCACCUCUCGGCACCGACCUCCCCUGACCCUCCUCCUCCCCAUCCUCUCAUCCCCACCCUUUCCCUCGCUGGCCAUUCUUGGCUCUGAGAAGGGAAACGUUGAGCCAAAGUUAUGCCUGUGAAGACCCUGGGGUCGUGAAAAGAAGUCUCAAGGGGGCAUUGCUUAAGGUGCUUCAUUCCCUAAUCCCCUUUUGAUUUGUUUCCAAAAUAAACAAGAAUCUUUUUUUCCCUACCCAACACUUCCCCAAGUGUUCUCUUGGGAACAAAGAAGCAUCAAAAGCAGGAGCACAAGCUAAACUCUACCAUGUGAGGCCGCCCCCUGCACGUGGCCCGCGCACCACGAGCCGGGUGCAGAGGACCGCGGGACAGCUGGGGAGGCCGCGGAGGGAUUGGGCUUUGUAGCCGCAGGCUCCUGAGGGCUUGUGUUCUGAAGGGCGUUCUCCUCCAUCACCCCCUGUACCUUCCUCUACCCUGCGUGGGGUGUGGACCCAAUAAGGGCUGGGGAUUUCUUACUUUCCCACCCUCCCCCCCACCCCUUCUCUCUGGUCUUUUCCCAGGCUGGAUCUGGGUGAAGUGUCACUUUUUAGUGCCUAAAGCCCUAUUUUUCCUCUGUGCCCUAAGAGCACAUUGUUUAUUCGUCAGGGUGGAGCAUUUUUGAUCUUGUUAAACCUCUUUUAGCGAUUGUAAGCAAGUCAGCUCUGUGGCUCUAACCCCUUCCCUUUGAGCUGUCAUUUGAUUUCUAGGAUGAAUCAGGGUGUUCUAGGGCCUCCAGGGUUUGAGAGACUGAAUGCACUAGCCAUGGAAGAAUUGUAGGGUCUAAGCACAGAACUACUGUGAGUUGCGAGCACCAAUAUCCCAGCACUCUUUGGCGGCCAGCCUCAUUUCCUCUCAGCGAGGAACCAGCUUAGUCAAGGGAGACAACCGUCUGAGACACUUUGCACAUGAAAGAAGACCUAAGCCUUGGAGAGAAUGGAUUUGGCAAAGGUGCAUAGGUUUGGGCAGGAAAAAGCCAGAUCGAGUCUACCCCACAGAGGGCCAUUCCAAACCCUGUUUCUGAGAGUUGGGAGUGGAAGUUCUGGCAGAGAGAGCAACCAGCGCCUUCUCUGGUCUCUGGCCCCAGAGAGGUAUGAGAUCACUACGGAGUAGAAAGAAGACCAUGGGUUAGGAAAGUGAGCCAUCUAGGGCCUUUUGGGGGUUGGCUCACAGAACUGAUGGCCCAUCUGGGCAUGCUUACCAUCCUUCACACACUAACUACUAUCUCUCCCUGUGAUGACCCAAGGAAUCCUGCCAGCCCCAGGCAGAGCUUGUAGAGAUUCUUGAUCAGGAAAGGAUUAAACCAGUUUGGCAAGGAGAGCUCUUCCAGAUUGCUUGUUCUAGUGGACCUCUUGGUGGAAGGGACAGAGGAAAGAAAGGUAGAUUUGAUCACUGAUCUAGCCCAAAAGAAGACCAUGUUGUAUUCUCUGGGACUGGCCUGGGCAUCCCACUUUAGCAAUUAAAGAAAGUUUUUGACUCUUCAGUCUGUCUGUGAAGAGGGCCUCAUUAUUGCCCUAAGGGCAGGAUGAGAAGACAGAAAGAUACACACCCAGGCCAUCCCCCCGCAGGGGGAGUAGGAUGAGAUGGAUGAUUCCAUAAUGGUCAUCUAGAAUUGUUGAUAUCCCUUCUUUAGAAAAGGAGAUAUGAGCAAAUGGAGUUGAAUGUAAUCCUUGUGAAGUGUGCAUAUGCCCACAGGCCAGCGGCUCAAGAUCAUUUCUGUCCCUGUCCAGGACUUUGAAUGGGAGACCCUGGUGAGGGUCAGGGUUCAUGGUCCCUGAGCCAAAGAAGGAGAAACAGUGCAGGCUGCUAGGAAUUUUCCGGUUGGAGUAGCCAGAAGUCAAAAUUAUUCCCCGAAACUUUUGCAAGGAAAGGACAAAUGAUAAAUACUCUAAUUUAUUCCAUACGUAAUUAUUUAUUUAAAUUAUUCAAUUAUUAAAGGUGCCAUAUUGGGACCUUUGGGAUGACUUUAAAAGGACUCUUUGCUGGGAAUAAAGUGGUAUAGUGGGCCUGGCUAUGCAGAAUUGUUCGGCUUUUGCUUCACCUCUCAGGCCCCUCUCAGGGAGGAGUAGGUGACAGGGAGGGAUGUCCAAGGAACCCUCUUGAUUUCUGGGGUUUUGAACCCGGGAGACAGUGUGUACACAUGGGAAGCAUCUCUUGGCCUGCCUCAUUUCUAAGAAUCACGGAUUGUUUGUGGGAGCUUUCUAGUCUAGUAAUUUUUUGAUUUUCAAACCAGGAGAAAACCAACAGCUGUGUUCACUCCCAAACAGAAGCUUUUCCCCUUUAUUCAGGAACCUGUCAAAGAGAAGGGUCCUCGCCCUAGCAGCUCAGUCUGGGAGUGAAACACAUAAAUAACAUUGUAACUCAUGGCUGGCAACCCUGGCUUGUAAGGGAGCAUUAAAACCACCAUUUCUUAUGUUAUUUCUUCCAGCCAGGGCAUUUUUUUGUUUUGUUUUCUUUGUUGUUGUUGUUUGGUUUUUUUCACAUAAGAACUCAGUCUUAUAGGAGUCUUUCUGCGAGGAUUCAUGUGGUGGGACAUUUGAGAGCUUGCACUCAGUUUCAAAGAUUCUGCCGUUUCUAGACAGGUGAGAACAGCAGCGGGUCUGCACUCUACUCCUGCUGACUGGGGGGGAAUUGACAGGACUGGUGUUGGGAGAGGCCAGUCAUGUCUGUAACUCUCUCCUUUCCCCCAUCCCCCUCCCUGGGAGAAAGGGAUAACAUUCCAGGACAGCAAGAUCAGCAACUUAGAGCUCUCUGGAAGGGCAGUGAGCUGAGGGGUUCAGGGGACCUGGGCCUGAGUCGUGGCUCUGCUGUUGGGCAGGUCACACCCCCCACACACAGCCCCGGUCUCUGAGCCUCUGGACCCUCAUCUGUAACAGGAGGGGCUUGAGCUAGACUGUCCCUAAGGUGGGUUCUAGCUUUGACAUGAUCUUGGAGGCUGGGCUUUCUCAAACUUGGAAGGUACCCUGCCAGGAGAGCACAAGCCUUCUGGACUAGAGCCUCCCUGGCGUUUAGAUGAGUCAUAGGGCAGAGUCUGGGUUCCCAGGAAAUCCAGGGCAGUUAAAUCUUCUUUACACGCUAGGAGGGGCAGGGAGGUCCAAUGAGAGGCGGGUGGGGGAGGGAGAGGGAGAAAGAUGAAGCUUGCUGUAUUGCUUGGUGUUAACCUAGGAGGGUGUUUCUUCCUUUGUUGGCCUAGUCUUACUUUGGGAAGGGUCCUUUUGGAAUUUCUCUAAGCUGGGAAGCGGAGGAUGGUGGCAAGAAGGACACCGUCUUGAAUUAAGCUCAUCUUCCGUCCCUGGGCUAUGAAGCCUUCCAUCCAUCUAUCCAUCCUCCCUCCUCCUUGCUAGAGCAAACAGUGGAGAGAAGUCAUUCCUGCUUCUACCACCUCUCUUUUGUCUCCAGCUUUGUUGGGGUUUGGAUUAAGUGUGAAGCUUUGGCUAAAAUCCUUGGGUUGCCUUAGAGCGCUGACACUAAGAACUUGGGAUUACAAGGAAGGGGGAGGACCAAGAAAGCGCAAGAGGAAUGCUUUGAUAGAAGUGGAUUCUCUCCAUUGCCCUGUCUGUGACCCAAGCUUGACCAUGUCCAUACGUUUACAGGCAGCAUGUCUAGGGUGAAGUCUUGGAGGAGGGAUUAGGGAGCGGAUCUUUCUGGUCUGUGUGGUCUCAGAAGAAACCUUUCUGCGCCAUACCAUGCUGCGCCUUUAGCUCUUCAGGGCAGCCAAGGCCAGCCCUUCCUCCCUAGGGGCCCCCAGGAGAACUAGCACUCCCCUCUCUUCCCCCAGGUGGUAGGGCACCCCCUGACUCCACCUGCCCACUCCAGUAGGAAGCUUGAGAACCUCUCUUCCUGACUCUCUCCUCCUCCGACCUUCGUCUCUAGGCUGUGGGACAAUCAUCCCAUCCACCACUUAACAUCCUCGACCCUCAUCCCCCAGCUUCCAGCAGGCUGGCCCCACUCCCCUCCACCUCUAGGUUUUCUUCCAGAAGAUGCAUUUUUGGGUCCGAGAGGAGCACUUUCUGGAAGGCCAUCUUUUAGCGGCCCUGCUUGCCUGAUGUGGAGCAGGAAUUUGCCCACGGUGUAGAGAGCUGGCCCCGCCUCCCCACCUCUCUGCCCACCUUGUUACCUCACUCCUGCUCCAGCCGUGGCUGUGAUGGACCCAGCCAGCUCCCUGUUUUGGCGUUCCGGGGGAAGCUCAGGGGUCUGGGCCAUCAUCUUCUGUUGCGACUUGAGGUCCUCAGCAGGCCUGGAAGCCUGGACUGGAGCCUUGGCUGCUGGCGAGAAGCACCUUGCCUGCCAAGAGGAGUUGAUGCCAGGCGAUGUACCCGACAUGUGAAGGCAUUAAAGAACAUUGUCACCUCUGCCCCUUGGCCCUCCUUGCUUCUCUUAACACGAUGAGACACUGCAGAAGCAAAAAAAUGGUGGCCUCUGCUCCAGGCAAGACAGCUGGCUGUGUCUGGGGAGUUGGCCCUGGGCUUGGGUGCCACGCACUGAGACGGCAUAGUAAAAGCAAGCAUUUUUGCCAACAACAGUGUGCGGCUCCCCACAUUUCUCUCUCCUGCACUCUAGGGCCAGACCACUCUCUGCAUGGACCAGAUCAUCUUUCCAAACCCAUGGUGCUUUCCCCCCGACUCAACCUAGACUCCAAGGUGGGGAGGGAUGGGUCCGAGGCCACUGCGGCCCCUGGAGAAUCCUGACGUGGGGGUGGGGGGUGGGGUGAGCCAGAGGGAGCAUCCCCAACCCCUGCCUUGGGCCGUAUAUGGGAAAGAACACAGGUUGAUUGCAAUUGAGUUGUCUGGCCAUCUGUAUUUGGAGCUAUAACUGUACUUUGCCUGGCGCUGUGCGCAAGGUCUAAAAACUUAACUGCUAGUACCUAGAGACAAACAAGGCUUCCCGGUCAAAUCUUAAUGUAAAGUAGCUAGAGCCAUGGAAGUACAGUAUGAAUUAAAAGAAAAAAAGUA